AUGGCCGCCACCGUGGCCCGGGUCGGCGUGCAUACAGGCAUGUUGCUGCGAGCGACCCGGGGAACCAGGUGGAGCCGACCUGAGAACUGUGCAGGGGCCCGGGAGGUGGCGACGCCGGCGACAGCCAGGGAGUUCCGGGCCACAGGCUCGCGCGCAGCGGGGGAGGAGGAAGCCGUCGGUGGCCCCGAGCAGUCCGGCGACGUGGUGAACGUGGUGUUGAUAGACCGGUCAGGCCAACGGAUCCCGGUGAGCGGCAGAGUCGGGGACAAUGUUCUUCACCUGGCCCAGCGCCACGGGGUGGACCUGGAAGGGGCCUGUGAGGCCUCUCUGGCCUGCUCCACCUGCCACGUGUACGUGAGCAAGGACCACCUGGAUCUCCUGCCUCCACCCGACGAGAGGGAAGACGACAUGCUGGACCUGGCCCCCCUCCUGCAGGAGAACUCCCGGUUGGGCUGCCAGAUCCUGCUGACGCGUGAGCUGGAGGGGGCCGAGUUCACCCUGCCCAAGAUCACCCGGAACUUCUACGUGGACGGCCACGUCCCCAAGCCCCACUGACACGGGCAGCCGCCCGCACCGCACGCCGAGGCCCCGGGCCCCGAGCCCGAGGAAGCAGAGCCCGCCGCGCCCGGGGCAGGCCGGGAGUCGGAACCGGAACCGGAACCAGGGCCCACAGCCCCCGUGGAGGUGGGGGUGGGGCCCCCUACUGGGGCGUUCCCCCCCAAAAAAAGCCAGCCAGCGGAUGGGAUGCGCUGGGGGGUGGGAGCCACUUGCGGCCCCAAUAAAGCUGUCGCACUGA